UAUAUUUCAUGUAUUCUAUAUAUUUUUGGUCGUAAGACUUAAUUGUUAAAUUAUUUUUAAAUCAUCCCUAUCAAAUUACGGGUUAACUAGUUUAGUAUACUAAUUACCUGUGCAUCAAUGGUGAUCCAAUUGUUAUACAAAUUUUUAUAAAACUUCAAGAUAGAUCUAAGCAAAAGAGUAAAAAAGUGUUAUUAUUUAUUAAUAAUAACAAUAUGAUGAGCGUGAAGUGGCAGAACAACACUGAUUAUUGUUAUACAUUAAACUACCAGCUACACAAUUAAUUCCAAUUAUAAUUUUAUUCAAUAAAUUAAGAACACUAAAAUCACAAGUCUUUUCUUACUUUAUAAGGUCUAUUAUUAACCAUAACCAACAAUAUUGCUAUGCAUUAUAUAAAAUAUAGGUAUUAUUAGUUUAAUAAAGAGAUAUAAAAAUAAAAAUAAAUUACUUAUAUUAUUCAUUGAAUUUAAAUAUACAAUAUUAUAUUCUAAUUUGAUAACUUGAUAAUCUUGAGCAUGUUUUUAAAUUUAAAUAUGAGACAACAAUUAACCGUUUCUUCUUUCCUAUAAAUUAUGUUAAUGUUUUAUUUGAUUAAUUUGGUUUUUAAAUCUGUAUUAACCUUUGACUUAUGAACUUUAUGUAGGUAUACUUAUUCUUUCAGAUAAACAUAUUUAUUAAAACAAAGUUGUAAAAAGGAAUAAUAAAUUUAAGUACCAAGGUACUUUAUAUAUAUUUUUAUUUAAUCAAUAACUAUAUCCUCUGUAUCCUAGUAACCACAUCAUAUAUAUUUAUAGUAAAGAAGAUAGUUCUGUACUUGUAAAAAUAUAACAUUUAAAAUAGCACAACAUAUUGAUAAUAUCUUACACAGUUAUAAAUAAUAUUGUUACUUAAUUAUCUAAAAGUCAAUAUAUUAAACCUUGUGAAAGUAGUUGUAUUAUUUAAGUAGUUAUAUUCGUAUUUGUUAUUAAUCUUUUUUAGAAAUAAUUGUGUAGUUGUGUUUAAUAAUGAAAUCAAUAAAAUCAAAAACAAAGCGUAUUGUUCCACCCUUUAGUUCUCAAUCACGACAACCAAACACAAUUGUAGCUGGUCCUCCUCGGACACGUUCAUGUCAAACACCAAUUGGAAAUACUGCAUUUCGCCGUUAUUAUGAUAGAGGUGACUUUAUGUUGUCUGUCGAUAGCGGGCGAGUUAUGUGGAAAACAUCGUUUGAAAAUAUAGAUUAUCACCAUUAUUUACCAAUUUUUUUUGAUGGAUUACGUGAAGUUGCAUACCCGUACCGUGCAGUAGCUGAGCGUGGAGCUACAGAUAUGCUAAAAAAUGGUACACCAGAUCGUAUACUACCUGUUGUGCCCCAAUUGAUUAUUCCAAUAAAAUUAGCACUUAACACUGGUCAUCCAGAUGUAGUUAUAGCAACAUUGAAAAUGGUUCAAACCUUAGUAACAUCGGCUGAUAUGGUAGGAGAAGCUCUAGUGCCCUAUUAUAGACAAAUAUUACCACCCCUUAAUGUAUACAAGAACCUUAAUAAAAAUACAGGCGAUGGCAUCGAUUAUGCUCAAUAUCAACAAGAAGAUGUUGGGGAUUUGGUAAAUAAUACUUUAGAAAUUCUUGAAAGACACGGAGGAGCUCAUGCUUUUAUUAAUAUUAAAUACAUGAUUCCAACUUAUGAGUCGAGUGUGGCAAACUAAUAUAUUACAUAAUUUAAAUAUAGACCCUAAAUAUUUUAAUUUCACAAAUUGAUUUAUUAUUUCCUUAAAAGAAUAUUUUAGAAAUCUAAGUAUAUAUUAGAUGAUUGUU